AAUUUCCUUCACGCCAACUCCACUGUCAUUGCGCUCCGACAGACGCUGGGGGUCUCUCAGGGACCCCCCACCCUGCGUUUUGCGCACUGGCGCGCUCUCUUUCUCUCACGUUGUUUCUUGUGUUCGUUGUUUAAGCGUCUGGGUGAUCUUGUAUGGAAAUCGGCAAAGCAAGGACCGUCUUUUGUUUAGCAAGUGCCUGCUUGCUGUUUCUGCCUUGUUCUCCACCUCGGCGGGAUGCGGCUUGUAACGGAUUAAAAAAAAACAAGGAAGACCGGAAGAAAAGUGGCUGUUACAUUGUUUGCCUUGCUUCUGUUGGAUGGUGCCCAGACCACGAAGAAAGGUCCGCCGGGGUCACUUGGGAACAGCUGCUUGGAUUGCGGUGAAGUUGUGUGCCGUCACCUCCAGGAAUUUAAAGAUUAACAGACUGGCGGCGUUUCUGAAACCCUGGGGUUGUUGGUGUGGCUGAAUUUUUCCUGGAUUUGAGUGGUAAAUUCAGAAGACUGAAGCCCAGGCUUACUGUCUACCUUUCACGGAGGCCCAGCCGUGAGAGGACAGAGGAAGGUACGUGGCGAAUCAUGACUGCCGACAAAGAGAAAGACCGAGAUCGGGACAGGGAUAGGGACAAAAGGGAGAAGAUGCGAGAAAAUGAGACAUCCCGUCCACGACGAAGUUGUACUUUAGAAGGCGGUGCCAAGAACUAUGCAGAAAGUGACCAUAGUGAAGAUGAAGAAAAUGACAAUGCAAGUGCCACCACAGAAGAAUCCACUAAAAAGACCAAAAAAAAGCCCCCCAAAAAGAAAUCUCGUUAUGAGCGGACUGAAAAUGGUGAAAUUACUUCUUUCAUCACAGAGGACGACAUUGUUUACAGACCAGGAGAUUGUGUAUACAUUGAGAGCCGAAGGCCGAAUACCCCAUAUUUCAUCUGUAGCAUUCAAGAUUUCAAAUUGAGUAAACGUGACCAUCUCCUGAUGAAUGUGAAGUGGUACUAUCGUCAAUCUGAAGUGCCAGAUUCUGUUUACCAACACCUUGUUCAGGAUCGGAACAAUGAAAAUGAUUCUGGCCGUGAUCUUGUUAUAAUGGACCCAGUUAUUAAAAGCCGAGAACUUUUCAUCUCCGAUUAUGUGGACACUUACCAUGCUGCUGCACUCAGGGGGAAAUGUAAUAUUGCCCAUUUUUCUGAUAUUUUUGCUGCAAGAGAGUUUAAAGCCAGAAUUGACUCAUUUUUCUAUAUAUUGGGAUAUAAUCCUGAGACAAGGCGAUUAAACAGCACACAGGGAGAGAUCCGUGUGGGUCCCAGCCAUCAGGCUAAACUUCCAGAAUUGCAGUCUUUUCCCACUCCUGAUGGACAAGCUAUUACAGAAAAUGAGGAACUUGUGUGGAUGCCUGGGAUCAAUGACUGUGAUCUUCUUAUGUACCUAAGGGCAGCUAGGAGCAUGGCAGCAUUUGCUGGAAUGUGUGAUGGAGGAUCUACAGAAGAUGGGUGCUUGGCUGCAUCUCGUGAUGACACAACACUAAAUGCACUGAACACACUACAUGAAAGCAGUUAUGAUGCAGGAAAAGCAUUGCAGCGUCUUGUGAAGAAACCGGUGCCAAGGCUUAUAGAAAAAUGUUGGUCUGAAGAUGAAGUGAAACGGUUUAUUAAAGGCCUGAGACAGUACGGCAAGAAUUUCUUUAGGAUUCGAAAGGAGCUUCUUCCUAACAAGGAGACUGGUGAAUUAAUAACAUUUUACUAUCACUGGAAGAAAACUCCAGAGGCAGCAAGUUCCCGUACCCAUCGCAGACAUAGAAGACAGGCUGUUUUCCGCAGAAUCAAAACACGGACAGCAUCUACACCAGUCAAUACCCCCUCCAGACCUCCUUCCAGUGAAUUCUUGGACUUGAGUUCAGCAAGUGAAGAUGAUUUCGACAGUGAGGACAGUGAGCAGGAGUUGAAAGGCUACGCCUGUCGUCAUUGUUUCAUAACCACUUCCAAGGACUGGCACCACGGGGGAAGAGAGAAUAUAUUGCUUUGUACAGACUGUCGAAUUCACUUCAAAAAGUACGGGGAGCUGCCGCCAAUUGAAAAGCCAGUGGACCCACCACCUUUUAUGUUUAAGCCUGUCAAAGAGGAAGAAGAUGGACUUAGUGGAAAGCAUAGCAUGAGGACACGGAGAAGCAGAGGCUCGAUGUCUACUCUACGUAGUGGUCGUAAAAAACAGACAACUAGUCCAGAUGGUAGAGCCUCCCCAACCAAUGAAGAUAUCCGUUCGAGUGGUCGCACCUCACCAAGUGCAGCAAGUACAUCCAGCAACGACAGCAAAGCUGACUCGAUGAAAAAGUCAAGCAAGAAGAUAAAAGAAGAGGUGCCGUCCCCUCUGAAAAGUGUCAAAAGGCAGAGAGAUAAGGCUGCUUCUGACACUGAAGAGCCCGAAAGAGUCACUGCAAAAAAAUCUAAAACUCAGGACAUUAACCGACCUGACUCCCCUUCAGAAGGUGAAGGCGAGGGUGAAGGGGAGAGUUCCGAUAGCCGCAGCGUAAAUGAUGAAGGAAGCAGUGAUCCAAAAGAUAUUGACCAGGACAAUCGCAGCUCCUCCCCCAGCAUUCCCAGUCCCAGGGACAAUGAGAGCGAUUCUGACUCCUCUGCACAACAGCAAGUGUUACAGGCACAACACCCUGUAAUACAGUCUCAGAAUGUUCCUUUGUCUCAGACUCCACUCUCACAGAUACCUGUGUCAGCCUCUUCAGUGUCAGUUGGUACCUCACCACCUUUACAGAUGUCACCUCCAGUUACGCAACCUCCUGCUCCUCCUCCUCAGCCUCCCCUACCGCCUCAUCCACUUAUCCAAACCGCGCCGCAGCUACACCCUCAAAGGCUUCCAUCACCACAUCAGCCUCUGCAGACAUUGAUGCAGGCUCAAGCUCAGUCGCCAUCUCAUAUCUCUUCUCAGUCACAGGUGCAGGUCCAGCCCACUUCUCUUCAUCCUCAGAUUCAGCCUCUCUCCCACUCUCUGCAGACACAGGCACACAUACAACAUCAACUACCACCUCAGCCUUUCUCCGUUCCUUCUGCUCAGUCUCAGGUUCCUACACCAUCAUCUCAAUCAUCACAGCCUUCAGCUCCGGGGCAUUCACAACCAUUGCUGCCUCCACCUCAUACUCCUCAGUCUCAGUCAUCUUCACAAGCGCCUCCUCAGUCUCAGCAGCCUCCACGAGAGCAGCCUCUGCCUCCUGCACCGAUGGCUAUGCCUCAUAUCAAACCUCCUCCAACUACUCCUAUCCCACAGAUGCAGAAUCCAUCAUCUCUUAAACACACAUCCCAUCUGUCUGCGCCUCCUCCAUUCCCGCAAAUGCCUUCCAACUUACCACCUCCACCAGCCCUGAAGCCUCUCAGCUCACUCUCUACACAUCAUCCUCCUUCUGCCCACCCACCUCCACUGCAGCUUAUGCCUCAGAGCCAGCAACUGCAGCCUCCUGCCCAGCCUCCUGUGCUCACUCAAUCCCAAAAUGUGCCAGUAUCUUCAAGUCACCCCCCUUCAACAUCCCACCAAGUUCCUUCUCAACCACCAUUUCCUCAGCAUCCUUUCAUUCCUGGAUGUUCACCAUCCAUGCCACCAUCCUCCACUCCUUCAUCAUCAGCUUCCUCUUCUAUGACGGGUAUGCAGCCUCCUGCUUCCAUUUCCACUCCUCUUCCUUCCAAUGUAAGUGCUUCCAGUUCGGUCUCUUCAACUGUUCCACCCAUUCAAAUUAAAGAAGAACCGAUGGAUGAACCAGAGGAACCGGAGAGCCCACCACCUCCUCAAAGAAGUCCAUCUCCUGAACCCACCAUUGUGAACACACCAAGUCAUGCCAGUCAGUCUGCCAGGUUCUACAAGCACCUUGAGCGAGGCUACAACACGUGUGCAAGAACGGAUUUCUAUUUCACGCCCCUCGCUGGUUCAAAACUUGCAAAAAAAAGGGAAGAGGCUAUGGAGAAAGCCAAGAGAGAGGCUGAACAGAAAGCAAGAGAAGAGAAAGAAAAAGAGCGAGAGAAAGAGAAAGAAAGGGAACGGGAACGAGAGCGGGAGAGGGAGGCUGAGAGAGCUGCGAAAGCUUCUAGUGUCUCCCACGAAAGCCGGCUAGGGGACUCUCAGAUUGCUGGCCCACCUCACUUGCGAGCUUCAUUUGAGCCUCCUCCAACCACCAUUGCUACAGUACCGCCUUAUAUUGGACCAGACACUCCAGCUCUACGCACACUAAGUGAAUAUGCUCGUCCUCAUGUUAUGUCGCCCACCAACCGCAAUCACCCUUUCUUUGUUUCGUUGAACCCUGCUGAUCCAUUAUUGGCUUAUCACAUGCCAGGAUUGUACAAUGCAGACCCUGGUAUGAGAGAAAGGGAACUUCGUGAGCGGGAGAUCCGUGAACGGGAGAUUCGUGAAAGAGAACUUAGGGAAAGGAUGAAGCCAGGCUUCGAGAUGAAGCCCCCUGAACUGGAAGGUCUACAUCCCGGUGCUAAUCCUAUGGAGCAUUUUGCACGGCAUGGACCCAUUACACUUCCACCAAUGGCGGGGCCUCAUCCAUUUGCUGCUUUCCACCCUGGACUGAAUCCAUUGGAAAGAGAAAGACUUGCACUUGCAGGCCCACAGUUGCGGCCUGAAAUGAGUUACCCUGAAAGACUGGCAGCUGACAGACUUCAUGCAGAGAGAAUGGUAUCUGUGGCAAAUGAUCCAAUAGCAAGACUCCAGAUGUUCAAUGUCACACCACAUCAUCAUCAGCAUUCACAUAUUCAUUCACACCUCCACUUACACCAGCAGGACCCGUUGCAUCAAGGCUCCGGAGGACCUGUUCAUCCCCUUGUAGACCCAUUAGCAGCAGGACCUCACUUGGCAAGGUUCCCUUACCCUCCUGGUACAAUCCCCAACCCCCUCUUGGGGCAGCCUCCACAUGAACAUGACAUGCUCAGGCAUCCUGUUUUCGGUACCCCAUAUCACAGAGAUCUCCCUGGUGCCCUCCCACCUCCAAUGUCAGCAGCACAUCAACUCCAGGCCAUGCACGCUCAAUCAGCAGAGUUACAGAGACUGGCCAUGGAGCAGCAGUGGUUACAUAGUCACCAUCAUAUGCACGGGGGUCCCCUUCCAGGCCAAGAAGACUAUUACAGCCGACUGAAGAAAGAAAGUGACAAGCAGCUGUAGCCUGUUCAGUAACAUGAAGACAACCUGUUUUCAAUGGACAACAAUUACACAAUCUUUUUCCUUUGAAAGGAAUUCCAUAUAAUGGUCUUGCAUUAUUUAAGUCUUGGAAAAGAAAGGCUGGGAGAUAAUCUUCUAAUUUUUUUUUUCUUUUUUCCACUAUUUUUCUGGCAGAGAAUAUCAUUUGAAAUUAUCAAGUUGAGAAGAUUCUUGAAAGACUUUGUGUCUCCCUGCAUGAGAAUUCCAUAGAACUACCCUUCCAUUUUGUAGGUGCUAGAAUGCAAGCUGCAUUGUCAGUCACUGUGCGUUAAAAGAAAUGCAAAAAAUAUGGUUAGGCAGUAUAUUCUGAAUCUUAAGUGCUAUGUAAAAUUCAGUUAUUUUAAUACAUUGUAGAAUUUUCAGAAUUAAACAAAUAAUAAUAAAAUUUAAAGUCCGCAGCAUGGCUUUUUGAGUCUGUACAUAAUUAAGAAAAAAUGAUUUAUUAGAUGUGGAUUCCUAACAGGGAUGCUAGAACUCCUGUACCAUUGUUGUAGAGCUUUAUCCCUUUAUUUGAAAGGGGAACUCAUUAAAUGAAACAGGAAGGUGGAGAUGUUUAUCCAAAUGUGUCAAAGUUCAGGCUGGGUUAGUGAUGUAACAAAUCAGACUGACUCCAAAUUGUGUAUUUUAUACCUUUUGAGUUUGUUAGGGUUACUCAUUUUACCAUCCUUAUGUUCAGGCUUGUGGUCUACAAUGCAGACAUACAGUGGACUUCAUAUAUUUAUUUUUAUUUGUUUUUAAGAUUUUAGAAUUUGGUUUACUUUUGUUAACUCUUGCAUCUUUUCUGUAUUUUUUCCUCUUAAGUAUGAAGGUUAAACAUAUUUGUCUCAUAUGGCUGCAGUUAUCCAGUAAUACUUGACUGUUUCCUGUAGUCUGAAAAUGCCACGAGCAGCUCUCUGUUCUCACACCAACGUGAAUGAGAUUUUUUUUUUUUUAAUUAUUAUUUUUUUCAUGAUGUUUUACAUAGUACUUAAAUGAGGAGCCAUAUAGAUAUCGGAUAAAACACGUCAUAAUAAAUCUUCACUUAUGAGUAAAAUGAGAAUAUUUUUUAAAAGUCUCUUAAACCAAAGCUGCUGACAGCCCAUUCAAAUAAAAUGACAGUUUUUAACUGCAUGUAACUAAAAAGUUAUUUCCUGACGUCAGGUGCAGUACCUUCUUACUUUCCUUUUCUUUUGAAGUUUUUCAGACCACUGUACAAAUCGGCAGCUCAGUCUGCUGUUACUUGUAUUUUUUGUGCAUAUAGGAGGUUUUUAAAAACUAAAUGACACUUCUUAUUAUACAGGAAUACUUUAUAUCAGUCACGACUGUUUUGAGAUGAUUACUGCUGCUUAUCUUUUACAGUUCCUCUUUAUUUUUUUACUGUCAACAAAUAUUGGCUGCUGUGCAUUUUUUAUGAAUGUUUGUGGUUUUUACCUUGGAAAUUUGGUGUUUUAGAUUAACUGGGGGUGAGUGACUCCACUGUAGAAAACAAACUGGUUCUUUUUAUUUUAAACUUUGACUGGGAGGGGCAGGCGUUGCUGAAGUUUGGGUUCGUUUUUUAGUACAGUACUUUAUUACAUUAUUCACUGUGACUUACUUGAUCAGUGGCUGGGGGGCAUUUCUUGAACCAAAAGUAACCAUUCAGGCGCCAUAUACUGACGUGCAGUGCUGGGCUAUCCAAACAAGAACAAAAGGAGUCCUGGAUGUGUCUGCAUUUAGUGACCUGCAUUUCAUGUGGUGCAUAGCUGUCUCCUUCUUCCCUUUUGUAUAUUUCCUGUUGUAGACUGUUAAAUUCUAUGUAAUGUUCAUGUACAUUUUGUUGUGCUUAACAAUUUUUUUUCUUUCUUUUGUGAGGGAAUUCCAUUUUCUUCUUCUUUUGUUACAAACCAUGACUCUAAACCAUUUGCUUAUAAGUGUUGUCCGUUAUCUUUGGGGUCCUUUGAAAGCUCCUCUACUGUCUAGCGUAUAGUUCUCAAAGCAGGGUUUGCACCAAACAGACCUCUUUUUCUGGACACCUUAAAAAAACACAAAGUGCAGGUCCCCCUAUUUUUAUUAUUUUUUUAAAUUAUUUAUAUUUCUUUUAAAUUCUUCCAUAUUGUUUUUGGGAGCUGGUAACAACUACUGCGUUUUCUCUUACUCCCCACCUUCUUCACUGGGCCGUUGCCGUAUGCUGGUGUAUCUGACACCAUGCUGGGCACAGAGGUCUUUUCUGUCUUUUUUGCUUUCAUGUUACAAACAGGAUGUUAAGUGUUGUCGAUGGUCCAGCUUCUUGUUUCACAGCAGCGAUAGCAGAAUGUAAAUUCUGUCUGCUAAAUUUAUAUAUAUAUAUCUUGAAGCUUAUUGUAUAUAUUAGUAGUUUGCCAUGGGAUAACACAAUGUAAACAAAAGUAGAAAACUGAGAAAAUUGUAAGUCUUGUGUUUUCUCCAUUUAAGUAUUUUGUAAUUUUUUGAAUAAUUUGUGGAAUUAAAAUAAAGUAAGUUACAACGCAGGAAAA